AUGGACAUCAACCUGUCUAUGCUCCUCGAUCGUCCUCCCCACGUACAAGGAAGACUUUGUAACGUUCCCCCUCUGUCGGAAUCGGAUUUUGAACAAUCAACCGGGUCCAAAAAGACAGAGACUUUCGGUGAAAAUCUCAAUGAGGCAAAUAUCUUCGUGAUAAAUGCUGUGCAACUAGCUCGGACAGUUGAUCGCUUCUUCACUAUUAAAUUUGACCAAGAUAGUGGUCACUCACAAGAUAUCUGUUUAGAGCAAAUUUCGUUGUGGUCCUCAUCGCCGGAAUUCAACUCUUUCUCGACAAAUAGUAGUACAUGGGCUAUAUUGACUCAGCUAUUAUACCAGGAAUACCGGCUAGUUUUGCAUCGGAGCAACCCUAGGUUUUCUCUCAACACAGGGCCAGGCACACCGACAUUCGAGAUAUGCACGGAGAUCUCCCACAUGCUGGAAAUACUCUUGGCGAAUGAUCUCGUAUAUGCUGCUGCAGCUAGCAUGUACGUUCCCUCAAUACUAAGGCUCCCCAAUUGUCCCGGGCUAUGUGCUGAAGCCUUUCUCAGAAUUGCCCCCGUGUUGUCAGUGCUUUCGAUCUAUAUAGUCAACAUCCACAGAGGAGCAAGUGGUGUCCGAAUGAUUUCCGAGCAUCGCGCGCGCUUCUGCAUGGUGAUACUUGACAAGUUGCAAGAUCGAUUACCGGUAGUUGCAGCCUUCUAUCCAAUUUAUGAGUCCCUGCUUAAUCGGCACUUUGCGGGUGCACAGACACAAGAUGGCACAAAGGUACCAGAACGUCCGGCAACAGGAUCUCGUCAACUUGACGAUGAAAGCAAUCUUGGUAGUACGCAUCCCCCUGGAGGCUUGUUUGAUCAAGUCCUGCAAGAGAGCAUGAGUACGACAUUUCCUUUUUCAUUUCCAUUCGGCAACCUGUUCGAAGACGUCUUUCUGAGCUCACCUUCUCAGCCUACAUCAUACUGUGAAGAUGAUAUUUCUUUCUCUUAG